AUGGCGGGUUUCGGAGAAGGUUUUGAACAACGAAAUAGUUGCAGUUUUUCAUUAAUUAUUUCUGGAUUUUACGCGAACAUAGAGAAUUUGGAGAUACUAUAGCUAUAGUAAGAAGAACCUCCUAUGCCUUCUGGAAGAAUCGACUUGAUUUUGGUUUUUAAUAUACCGGUAUAAAAAUGUCUUCACAAGACGGUGGUGGUCGAAGAAAACGAUCUCCACGCACCUCGUCGACAUCCAGUUCACGAUCAAAUGAGAGUCUUUCUGGGUACAGCACUGAGAAGAACCAACAUCGAGAAAACUCUUCUGGGAGAAGGAGUAAUUCAGGGAAGGUACGAUUGCAAAAACUCUCUAUCACUAUGAAACUGGUUCUUGAGCGCUAAAUAAGCUUUGAAAUCGAUCAUGUUAGUUCUGACAGAUUAAACUUAACUGGUUUAUACACAACUGAACUGUACCAUUCAGUUAACAUUGGCAGAGUUUUAAGGGUAAUUGUCCAGACAGAAAAUGAUGACAGCGCUCCUGGUAGCGGCGCCGAUUAAUUAAAACGUAGACGGGAACCAGAUUUAUCUGGGCCAGGACCAGAAUGUGGGUGAUCGAUUUCUGAACGCUGGUUCCGGAACGGGACGGAACGGUGGGGAACGGUAUAGAUUAAACAAAUGCUAAAGAGUGGUGUUAUUUUUGUUUAUAAAUAUUUGCCACUGGGACUAAUUAUAUGAGUUUGGUGUACAUGCCAGAUCAUAACUACCUUAAUAUUUAAUAACUGGAAACAGUUCUCACUACAUCUGCCCCCGUGUUUUGAAGAGAUUAAUCUCGAAUUGAGAAAUAUUCCUGACAUUUUUGAAGUGAUCUGUUUGCUUGGAUCAAGUGCUGAUAUCAGUCUUAAACAAAGCAAGUUCCGUACCAAUAAAUCUAUCCAGUACUGUUGAAUGACAAUGGUGCUAGCCCGUGAGCAAGCUCUCCAAUAUUAUGGCUAGCGAUGUGAGGUGCAAGAAGCAGAGCACUUGCACGCAAAGGGCAGAGGAAAAGGAUAAUGUGCUUCACCCAGAUGAAAGUGAAAUACCAAUGGCUGAAAAAUGACGCACCAUUAUUAAUUUUGUAGGAUGACAUUCCUGAUGGUGAUGAGAAAGCCAGAAAAAGAAAUAUGUUCAACAAGCAAAACAACAGUUUUUGCACCUGUAGCACGCUUUUUUCCCUUGCCGUCACUGCAUGAACAUAAUGUGAAAUUUCCCUGCGCGAGACAAACCAAGGUGGGGUUCCCAAGAAUUCAACUCCUGGAACAUUCACCUACAUUUGAGAUUUUAAGGGCUUCUGAAUAAUAUUCAUUUUAGUGUAAAAACUUUUUUUUUCAGUUCAUUAUAUUUACUGGUAUAUAUGUUAUAGAUGAAUAAUUAGGGCUAGGAGACAAAGGAAGUGGAGAAUCAACCUAGGUUAAAUAAUUUUAAGCUGAAUUUAAUUAUACAUGCAGUGCAUGGGCAAAAAGUAAAUCAUUGGAGAAAAAAAUCAUACAGUUAUAGAGUUUUGAUUAGCUUAGCCAUCAUGCUAUAGGGGCCAUUAAACUACGCUCUAACAGAAUAUUUUUCCCUUAGAACCAGCUAAGUAGGCUUAUUUAUUAGUCAAGCUAGAUUUGUACUUAACUGCACCUUUAAAAUUACCCCAUAUCUUUGUUUUGCUUUUGGUGAGCUCCCUUACCCGGAGUGAAUUUUUUUAAUACAAAAUAUAGGGAAGAUUCAUUGACAUUUUGAGGGGGUUCUUGAUAAAAUAACUAUUCCACUUGUGCUAGAAAUUUUGCUCAAUUUUCUUUUAUUUUGUUAGCAUCAACAAAAAAAUGUUCAUCGCACAAACAGUCAUGAUCAUGUUCGUAAACUGGUGGAGCAGGAAGGGAGAGCAGCACGGAAUCUGGUCACAUGGUCUGUUCCAGUUACAGAUCCUGAUGAGGAAGGUAAGAAAGUUUACCUUCAUCUGCUUGGGACAUACGUUGUAGGGACCUGAACCUGUAGGAAGUGUUUUUUUGCUGAGUAGUAAAACUCAAAUACAAUAUUUUUGUCACUGUAAUGAAAAGUUAUAAGCAUUGGUAUUUUAACUGUUGAGUUUAUUUUGUAAGAAUACUUAAGAGAAGUGUUUAAACUGCAAAUGCCAGUUAUGCUUCAUGUUGCAUGUUAUAUGCAAAAUAUGUUUAGCUUGUGCUGAUCCGACAGUUUCCUGCUUUGCAUUCAGUGACACGUAGCACCUCUGAACAUAGAGAUAGAGUAAACGCCCGCUAAUGAGAACCUACUUUUUUUAAAGACUGGCAAAAUAGGUUCUUGUAUUUCGGGGUACUUAAUUAUUGGCAAUUUAGGCUAAUUAGGUUCUUAAUUAGGUUCUUAAUUUUUAAGAAGUAGAUAAUAGAUUGCUGAUUACCAGAAAAAUGAAUAAUUAAUUCGCAGUUUUUUUUAUUAUAACCCUAACAAAACUGAUUACUGAAUUUAUAUACGGUUUACUACAGUAAUUCUAGUAAUACUUAAAAAAAUUGUCCCCCAAAUUUUAGCCAAGGGGACAAAUUGUCUCCCAGUGAUCAAAUCCUAGCUCAAACCCUGGGGUAGAUGCUGUUGCACUGUUCAGCAAGAAACAAACACUGAAUCACAUGAUGAACCUGAAAACUGAUACCCUAACAUUAUUGUAACUUGUGCCCAGGUUCCAUUCACUGUGACAGAACUUCAUUUCUUACCUCUUUUGCAAGCUCAGCCUGCAAGAAAAACAUUUUACUCGUACAUGUACACAGCGUGCAAAGAAAGUAGUGUCCGAUACCCUGGGGCUUGUGGAUUUUGCUAUUGGGGUAGUGAAUUCUGUUUUUAACUUGCCCGACGGGCAAGUAAUGUUUUUUGAGGAAUUCGAAUAACAGAAGAACUGUGCCAUCAAUUCUGCUAGUCAAAAAGUUUUUGGGGCUAGUUGAAAUGACGUCUGGGCUAGUAAAUGCUAGCUUCAGCUUGCCCAAAUGGCAAGCUGUAAAAAUGAUUUUCUUUGCACCCUGAUGUACAAUAAUUAUUGAUUAGACCAUAGGUUCAUGAUGUAGCUAUAUAAAACAAACCAAGUGCUAUCGUGGUGCGUGGAAGGGAGUAUUCAAUGUCAACAUCUUAAGCACAAAUAUUGAAAUGGCUAUGACUCAUGAAGCCUGAGCCUUGCUUGAGGGCUGGGGCUUGAGGGUCCAUUUGAGGGGCUGAAUUUUAAUGCCCAGGGAGUACUCCCAAAUGGAUGCUCAUUGGAAAAUAAAUUUACAAUGAGCAUCCCUGUCUGAUCCCUUUUGUUUGGGAGUACACCCUGGGCAUUAUUGAGUGCUUUCUUAUUAUUACCCCUGCUAAUGGACACUUCCCUUAGAAAGACCCUUCCUGUAAGAGGUCAUGUUACCGGUCAAAAUAAUUAGUUUCAGGUUAAAAUUUUUUCUGCUAGGUUGAUUCUUAAUUUCCUUCAAUUGUCUCCUAGCCCUGAUUAUUCAUGAAUUAAUUAGUGCUAGGAGACAAAGUAAAUUGAGAAUCAACCUACAGUCUCAGACAAAAAUAGUAGGGAUAUUUCCACUGAACCCUUUUUUUCCCUUCUUGUCCAUCUUCUUUUCCUAGCAGGAAAAGCAGUUAUAUCACAGUUACAGCUGCUGUAACUUACCAAAUCUUGUGAACCAACAUUGGGAGGGCCAGAAGACAAAAAGGUGUCCCAACAAUUUUGACUGAGACUGUAGGUGAAAAAAUUUUGACCUGAAUUUAAUUUGUCCUGUAACAGACACCUUAUAGCCAUGGUCCCAGCAACAUACAAGCACUGCAUUUUUAACAUUCCUGGUUUUCAUCUGUCUGGAAAAUUUAAUAUCCUUGGGGAUUUCACUGUUUCUUGAUCAUCCCUGAUUUUGUAGAUACAUGUAUCUCAGGAAAAUCCCUGAGUUUGUCCCAGCUUAUACAUUGUGAUAAUAUUUUUAUUAUAGGAAAGAUCAAAGCUAUGCAGUGAGAGGAUUGGGUCCAGAAAAAUGAUCUUCCAUUGAUACCCGAUACCCCUGACAAUACAAAAUUUUGAGUUUUCAAAUGUCAGGAAUUAUAGUUUAACUAGACCACAAUACCUGCAGUAUAAGGAUGCAUUGAGAAAAUAGAAAUGCUCUCAGUUCUCCUCAUUUGUCCUGUACUGUCCCAGACCAUCAGUAAUAUCUAUGAUUUCAAGAGUUUUUAGUAGUCUGCAAAAUCUGGGAUGUUUUGGAAACAAUAAAGUCGUCAAUUGUUUGGGAUUUUAGAAGAGCAUUAUACAGGGCUUCUGAUAUUUCGCGGAAAAAAAGCAAAAUUUUUCGGGAUCUUCAGGGGCAAAUUCACGGAGAAAUCGGCUGAUUUCAGGGGAUUUUUGCGGUGAAAAAGUCAAAAUUCGCGGAAAAAUCGGCCGAUUUCGCAGGAUUUUUGCGGGAAAAAAGUCAAAAUUCGCAGAAAAAUUGGCCAAUUUUACGGGAUUUUAGCAGAAAAAAGUCAAAUUUCAAAGGAUUUUCAGGGGCAAAUUCUUAGAAGAAUCGGCCGAUUUUACAGGAAAUUCGGGGGGGGGGGGGGAACUUCGCCAAGAAACAAUCAGUAAAAAACAGCCGAUUUCGCUGGAUUUUUUUGGCAAAUUUCACUAAAAUCAAUCAAUUUUGCGUCAAUAUGACCAGCGUUGUUUAGCGUUUUUUUUAACAGGGAUAAUCAUUUGCUCAUUCAACAACAGUUUGCUUGAGAAAUGAGCAAAUGCUAAAGCUAUAAACAUUAUGGUUAGUGCCCAGUUUUUUGCAACAUUCAUCUAAAAACGCCUGGUAGUUUUGGGACGUUGUUUACUCGUUGCAGUGACGAAGUUUGAAGAUAAAUUUGGACGUUUGGGGUGAAUAAAACAGGUCUAAUAGCCAUGAUAAGUAUUAAAUAUGUUUUGCCGACACAUAUGUAUUUGGAAAUAUUUCUGGCGGAUUUCGCAGUAUUUCGCGUUUUUUUUGGGAAUUUUGCAGGAUUUUGCGGAAAUACUUGAAUUUUGCAGGUCUGCAACCACGCGAAAUAUCAGAAGCCCUGUAUAAUCCAAUGCUUCAUGUUCAUGGUUGAAAUGAUCUCGGGCGCUCAAAGGUCUUUUCAGCAUAACAAGUCAAUUGGGAAGUUGCAAAGUUGACACCAAAGUUAUUUUGGUAGUAAGUAGACACUUUUUCUGGUCCCAUGGAAGUCUGGUCAUGCUCAUGACAGGAAAGACCAUACAUAGUUCUAACAUAACUCUUACACAUUGCAGAAAGAUUUAACUCUAGUUAUCUAACUCAUGUCUGUAUGUAGUGUACUUUGAAAGCUUGAGUAAGACUGGCCUGGCCGGAUGUGAUUUUUAUUGCUCUUUUUGCUUUUUGCUGUUGGCGUGUCAGUGAACAUUAUGAGAAAAGCAAGAAAGAUGAAUUCAGCUAUCUAUUUUCAUUUGUUACACCUAUACACAUUUGAAUCUGUUUCAUAACAGACUCGAAGCUACUGAACAAAAUGAUUUGGAUUUACAUUUCUUUCUAGAAAAAACAGAUAGCAAAGAAAAAAAAGAAUAGGCCCAUAGCCUCCUCUUCCCUAGCUUGUGGCAUGUUAAUGUUAAUUUACAAAGGGAGUUAAGUGGCUAUCUUUUCAGACAGAUUGUCACAGUCUUUAAGAUGCUAUAUAAUGUGAAAAUUAAUUUGCAUUUGCAAAAUUUUUUUUUUCCUUUUUCCUGCUGUGAUCUACAAUGUGCUGUGAAGUGUUCAUUUCCAUAAUUCCCAGUAAUGUUUAAAAUAUUUUCCCUGAUUGAUUCCAUUCUUUUUGAAGUAGUAUAAUGUAAAUAUUUGACUUUUUGCAUAAUAUGUGCUGUGUAAUGAUAUGCAGACCUUCCUUUUUUAGUCGCAAAUUUUCUUUGUUUAUAUUCAAAUCACUUGUUUCAGUCAUAUUGUUUUGAAAUGAUUGUCUACUGCUUCCUUUGCAGUUGAACUCAGAAUUCAAUUUAAUGAAUUGUACCCAAAACACACCUAGCGCAGGGAUAACAUAAUGUUGCUUAUUUUAAGUGUAAAAUCAGAGUGGAACGCUGCACACAAAUGAGGAAGGACAAAUUGAACCUAUAUGCAUUGCGAUCUGAUCAAUUCUGGAUUGGUAUGUCUACAUUUUUGAAAGGAAAACACUUUUUUGUAACCGCUUACAUAAACAUUUUCAUAGUGGGUUUUCUUUCAAUUCUCGAUUUUUUAAAGUGGAUUCCAAAUGGUAGAAGCACUGUUUGAAAUUUCACACAUGAUUUUGAUCAUGGAUUUACUGUUCAGGCCACAAAAAUGUUCUUUUGAAUUGAAACCCAAGAAGAUGAUCAUGAAAGAUUAAUAAGUGAACCUGUUUGUGCCUUAUGAACAGUACAAUAUUAUGAUGAUAAUACAAUAUUUUCUCACUUCAAAAGUAGUAAAAGCUAUGGUGGCUAGAACGGCAUAAAAAGACAAAUUAUUUCUCGGUAAUUUUCUCAUUCAUUUGAAAUUUAUAAUUGUAAAAUAAUACUUUGCAUGAUGUACACAAAAUCCUGUAUCUGCCAAACAAUAAUUAUAAUAUCAUGUCCAAGUUUUUUAAAAAAUGACCUUGUUGACCUUUAAGUUUCACUAUAGUUUAGUAAUGAAAUGUGUAAUGUUUGCUUGCUGUCUGGUGUGUUAUCAUUACAGUUUUCAUUUCAAGUUUCACAAUACACAAAAAUGAAAUAACUCACAGUAUCUGCUUGGUGGAUUGAAAAUUAAUUUUUGUACUGACUACACUAGUAGUAUAAUUAUUUACUUUGCUGAGGAAAGUUCAGCUUUUUUAUUAUUAUUUCCUGGUAACUGCAAACAAAUUAUUAGCUGUCUGCUUAUUUCACUUUGCUUUUUAUCAUGAUUUGAUGUGCAUUAUAAAAUUUAAUGUGCUCAAACUGAAGCCACUCCCUGUAUAAAUUUGUCAACAUUGCUUAGGUCUAAAUAGUGAUUUUACGGUUAUAAAGACCGGUUACAUGUACAUCAUUGUUCUUUGAUGGAACAAAUUAAUAUAUUUUCUAGUUAUGAUGCAUUCUAGUAGCAUUUUAUGUUGUUCACCGUAGAUCUCUUAGUAUAGCAUUGCAGCAUCAUAUCAAUGAAUUUACAUGUAUUUUUUCUCAGUUUUUGUUUUAAUAUCUAUAAUUUAUAAACAACAUUUUUUCUAGGUACAGCUGUGUUUCAAGACACUUAAAUUUCACAAAUCAGAGUGCUGAUUCUAAUAAUUUCAUUUGGUAUUAUUAUUUUCCACUCCAGCUUGAUUCAAUAUUUUUUUUAAAGUUUAUUUUAUUCAAAAGUUAGCGAAAAAUUGGUAUCCCAGAAAAUGUUUGAACUGAUCAAAGCACCAUGUUUUUUGUAUUCAGUAGGAUGUUGUGUGGUAUAAUGAUGAUCAUAGUAAUGAGUAAAUUCUAAAGUACUAAAAAAAACUAUUCAAUGUUUUUAAGCAGAACUUAAUUCACAAACAAGUUAAAUUUAUAGAAAAUAAUAUUUAAAAGUCAUUCAGUUCUGAAAGCUAGCUUUCUUAAAAAGGUAGGUAGGCUCUAAGAUGUCUCUUACAACCGUAAAUAUUUAAGGAUCAUCUUAGUUCGACUUUGCUCUGUGGAAUGGGCAAAGCUCCCUCUUUAAAUGAUUUAAAUUCAGUCUUUAGGACUUGAAGCAACCUCAGGUGGUUUUAUCUCAAAAGUAGCUGCUCACAACUUCAGGUUUCAAGAAGAUCUAUCUCCUUUGCCUUACAAUGCUUUGAAAACAAGAAGAAAAAUGAUGAAUUUAAUUUGGAAAUCGACAGGUACAACCGGUGCAAUUUUACUAGGAAAGAGUAAUAGCAGGCAUUGAAAUAACUGAAUCCAGGAUUGAAUGGAAGCCUCAAAUCAGGUUCUAAGUAACUUAUUAUAUAAUAUCAAAUUCUCCUUUUGAAGGAGAAAUUAGCAUUUAAUCAGAUGUGUCUUGGGGCCUUUUUCCAUGCACCUGUCUGUAAUUAUUUAUUGAGGUCACAUAUUUUUUUUGCAGUUUUAAACAUGGAUCACUAAUACUGGUAUCAGUAGCAGGAUCCAUCCUGCAAAAUUCUCAAAAAUAGUCUAACACAUUUCAUUUCUUUCCUUGAUCAAAGCAGAAAAGGGAAAAAAAUCCAAGCCAAAGAUGGUGAGCAAAAGGCGUACCUCUACACCUGAAAAAUCUGGCUCAUCUGAGAGAGAGGGAUCGCCUGCACAAAAGAGAGGAGGCAAAUCGCCAGCAAGAUCUCGAUCAGGAAGCAGAAAACUGUCUGGUUCUUUCUCUGGGAAGAAAAAUGACCUGAGAGCUCGUUACUGGAGCUAUUUGUUUGAUAACCUGAAAAGAGCGGUGGAUGAAAUAUAUGGCACUUGUGAGGCUGACGAGAGUAUUGUGGAAUGUCAGGUACCCUGAGCACUCCAGCUGUAGGGAUGUUCUUUUGAUGAAAGUUUUAUUUUACCUCAUUUGUGCCAAAUUUGGCUGGUACUUUUAUAAGUUUGCGAUUUUUUCUAAUGGCAAAAAACGAGAAAAUAUUGUACCAAUAAGGUAAUUAUUAUAGGUUGACUAUUAAUUAUAUGCAAAACCUGCAUGGUCUUUUUGCUUGAUUUUGGGUACAGUACAUUGGUGAGUUUAGGGGAGGGGCCCAGGGGAGGGGGGGCAGGUCCCCCCUUUAUUUUUAGGCCAAACUUAAGUCUGCAGGGCGGGCUGACAAAAAUAUUUUUUUUGGGGGGGUCCCUCUGUAUUCUUUGGGUGUGGAUGACAGAUACCCCACUUACUUGAAGAUCUGAAUCUGCCACUGCAGUUGAUUGAGCUAGUGGGGCUAGUGCCUUGUUCAAUUCCUGUUAUUACUGGCCUGAAAAUAAUUAUUUUUCUUUGUUGAAAAGACAGUCAUAUGUCCAGCCAGAUCACUGUUUUAGUCAGACAAAUUGCCCUAAAAUGGCAACAAACUCAUUACAAUUUUCAUGCAUUUAGGAGGAUUUUCUGUAAGUUCUUUGAUACUUAAUCAGUUUUGUCAACAUGUCUUACUGCAGGUAGGAAUUUGCUGGUCAUUGGCAAAGUUUCACAAGACAUUGUUCAAUAAUCCAUUUUUUAGCUCUGUUUUACCUUCACAAAUUAGUCAGUCUCUUUCUCAAUUUUGGACAGGGGUGGGUGAGGGUAGCGGUAGACAAUAGGCAACAAAAAGACAACAUCAAAUUCACGUGGAUACAUGUAGCAAUGGAUAACAGAUAGUAACUAAUUUAGAAUUGCACUUUACUGUCAUUAUUUCUUUUAAGUGAGAAAAUUUACUGUGCCUUGUUGUUGUUUAUUAUUAUUUUGACAGGAGGUUAUUAUGAUGCUGGAUCAGUGUCGGCGUGAUUUUAGUGCUCUUAUUGAUAGAAUAAAUGUUCAAGAUGCCUUUGAAAAAGCAGACUACAAGGACAGGUGAACCAGUAGUAGUAUGUACAACAAAUUGACACCCUAUACACUGUAGUAACAUGUUAAAAAAAAAGGUAAAGGCGCACGAGCAAAAGACCCAAAUGGCCAGAGCUUAUCCUGGCUUCCUUAGCGUGAGCCGUGCCUAAGAGUUUUGCUAUUCCCCCUGGAUGGGAUGUUAGUUGAUCACAGGGUUAAACCCAGUAGUAUGUCACUGGUGCCCAUUUAUGCACCUGGUCCUAGUUGUUCAAAAGGUGGAUAACACUAUCCACUGGAUAAAUCUCUAUCCACUGGAUAGCACAAUUAGUUUCCCCAAUUUUUAUCUACUGGAUAGUGAUUUAUCGGGUGGAUGGUGCUAUCCAACGUUUGAACAACCCGGGCCUGGGUAAGGAGACACAAAGUGGAGUAAAGUUCCUUGUCUAAGAGCGAGGCUUGAACCACGGAUCUCCAGAUCCGCCCUCUAGGUACAAAGCAACAUGUAAAUCCUCAUUUUUAAAAUUUUAUUUUUUUAAUUAAUAAUAAUAAUAUUUUUUAAUAAUCAUAAUUAUUGUCAAAAGCAAUUGUUUUGAUUAUAUUAUGUCCAAGUACAACUACUAAUACUUUUUUGCAAGGGUUACAGUAUAAUAACAUCAUACAUGCAUGUCGAGUUUUUAUCUUUAUCCUUAUUUAAUUUUAGUUCAAGUUUCAUGUUAUAUUUGUUUUAAAAUUACCAUAGCCAAAACAUAACAAGGAAAUAAUAAUUUAAAUCAAAAAUAAAAACUGAGACUUAACGUGUACUACAAUGUAAAUUUGCCAUCUUUUUAAAUUUAUUUUAUAGCCAGUGAUGAUGUAACUCAAUAUACUGUUUAUGUGAUUCACGGUUCUGUUUUAGUAGCUUUUCAAAAGAAGUUUUUAGACUUUUCUACUGAUGCCCUUUACUUGGGUUACAAGGUUUACUUACCUAGGUAAAUCUUUCACAAGUGUAAACACUAAUUAUCAUUAAUACUUCAAUAAAAAAUGCUUUGCUAAACGAUAGAAAUUUUAUUGACAUAAACAGUAAGUGCUUAAGUGUAAACACAGCAUAACUCAACUAAAGUGAAAUGUAUGGUUUGUUGUUGCUGCUUUUUUCCAUUAUUUUAUUUAGCAACAUUUAGCAACAUAUAAACAUGGAUCAGGCACUAUGAAGUUCAGUGUUAAUUAUUAGUAAAAUCCAACUAGGAUAAUCAAUAUGUUCUGAUUGGUUGAGCUAGUACUAGGCUCAUGUUAUUGCCUACUAGAAAUGUUUUUUACUAAAAGCUGUCUUGCCCUCAUGGCCUCUGAGUCAAUAGCCCAUGGUCCUGGGCUAGUUCAGUCACUGUGUUAUUUAAUAAGACAAAAUCAAUAUCAUGUAUUUUAAUAAUGGUUUGUACAAAAUCAGUAUUUCAAAAUUGUUAUUUAAUUUCACGUUAUGAGUGUUAUAGCAUGGUUUGUAUUUAUGCCAAAAUAUAUCACUUCAAAAUCAUGCUAUCAUUUGUUUAUACUGCUACCCUCAAAAGGUUUGUAAUUUUCUUCUGGAAAUUAUUACAUUAGCCACUCUAGACUAAAUCAGAAAAAUGAUUCGUUUUCUAUUAUUGGAGCCAACAUUUGGAAUUGUAUACCUGAAAAUUUACGAAAUUCUUCAAAAUCUCUCUUUAAGGAAAAAGUUCAUACAAUUCUGUUGAAAAUAUUUGAAGUUCAGGAUAGAUAUGCUGACCUAAACACGAUAAUCUCCGAUUUUAAAAAAUAUUAGCCCCCUCUUAUCUAAAUAGCUGCCUCGAUUUUCUUAUCUCAAUUUCUCUCGUGACUGACCUUUUUUAUAAUAAAUAUGGUACUUUUUCACUUCAACUAUUAUGUAAUAAAUUGUUUAUACUACUACCACCUGCCUCGAAAGGUUUGAUAUUUGUAUAUUUAAUGUAAGAAAUAAAGAUGUUGUUGUUGGUGUUUUCACAUGUAGGUAUUUCAAAUUAAGCUGAAAUACCACCGCUCUAAGCCAAUCAAAUUGCAGGAAUUUCUCAUGUAGUAGUAUGACAACAUUAACUUGUGUCAAAAAAAUAAAUAUGUGCUGUAAAUAAUUGUUACUGGAAGGAUGCAACACGUAUUUUGAUCGACACAUAUGACAUUAUUUUGUUGCUUCUAACUGGACAGUACUCUUUCAGUAAAAUACAUUAUUUAUUAAUCUUUAUUUUUUACCUUCACAGACCUACAUCCCUAGCAUGGGAAGUGAGAAAAUCUUCACCAGGAAAAACACUGUUCUCUAGUGCAAAUGUUUUACAAUCAUCUCUAGACAAGGGUUCCACUAGUCCUAUCCGUACUCUGGACUUUAAUCCUCAGGCCAUGCCUCAGACACCACAGUCACUUAAUCAGACAUCAAGCGGUUCAGCGCCUGUUCAGUCAUGGGCUGACAGAGUAAGGGGAAUGCCAUCCAGUGUGAACAAUGGAGUGAAAACUACAGAGGCAAGACCAGGUCAGGAUUCUAGUUUGAGUUCAAAGAGUUUGCCCGGGCAUAUUGAUGGCUGUGUCUUUCAAGAUGUGAACGAUGAUGGUGAUGAUGAAGGCUGGGAGACUGUUCAUCAUGGAAGAAAGACGCACAGCAGUAAUACGAGGAAAUGCAAUAGAGCUGCUUCAGAAAAAGCUUCAAACAGAAGGACAGAUGUCAAAUUGAACCUGAACCAUUUGGAAACAACAAAAGUCAUGGAUGGCAUGACUAGCAAUGGAGCUCUUGACAACCAAGGUUCACAUACAGAAAAAGAUGCUAAUGAUAAAGCUUAUUCAACCUCAGUGAAAGCUGAGAACUUGGCAGAAAAUUUUAAAGACAAAGUGAUCGACACUUCACCAGAUGAUGAAGAACAGGCUUCUUUGUCUGAUAUUGAACACGAGAAAGCCCUGUCUGCUGCAACAGAACAGGAAGAGAGUUUGUCAAGACAGAUUGAAGAAUGUCAAAACCAGAUAAUUACGUCCGUUAUUGAACACGAAGAGAGCUUGACUAAGGAAAUUGCAGAGGAGGAGGAACUAGUGACCCAGAUAAAUGGAGAAAAUGAGAGUCAAGUGAUUGACAUUGAUGAAAAAGAAGACCUGGAUAAUGGCAGUGAUGUUUAUGAACAUUCACUGAACUGUAGUGGGACUACAAAUGGUGACAGUGUAAGUGCUCUUUUUUAUCUGUUACCGUAAAAUUCUGAAAAUAAGCCCCUGGGCUUAUAUUUUUCAAAGGCCCUUUUUGAGGGGCCUGUUUUUGGAGGGGCUUAUCCACAGAGGGAAAUUUGCGUUUCAAAAUAGAUUGGGCUAGCCUUAUAGUUGGAAGGUUGGAAGUAAAUUUACCGUUUUGGCUUUGUUUUAAUUUGUAUUUGAGGGCAAUUUUCCAAGUACAAGCCACCGGGGGGCUUAUAUUCGGAGGGGCGAUUUAACGGAGGGUUUUUUGCGUUACCGCUUUGGGGGGCUUAUAUUUGGAGGGGCUUAUACAUGGAGGGGCUUAUUUUCGGAAUUUUACGGUAUACAUUAGUCUGUGUAGCAAUUAUUGUUUCCAUGCAGUUUUGAAGCAAAGAACAAGGAACUAUAGUCAAAGACCGCGUGAAAACUGGCGCGAGUAAACGAGCUCUCAUUCCAUCUUUGCGCCAUCAAAACUGAACAUCCCAUUCCUUGUCAUUCCUUGGUCUUUCUUUAAGUCUUAAAAGAGGUGUCUACAUUUAAAGGAUUUUUAUGUUGAUGGGACUAUGAUGACUAAGAUGAAGUGUGUGCUUAGGAGAGGGGUCUGUUAACAGGUUUCAAUGACUUAACAAUCAAAAUUCAUAAAUAAAGAGGUGCCUGAAAAAUGCCUGAGUGGAAUUGGAAUGUUUUCCCAUGAUACCAUAGAGUUGGCACUAUGAAAAGGCUGCAAUAUGGUGCUCAAUAUGCUUCAUUGUGGACGCACUAGUCUUGAUGGUUGACAAGGGGUUAAUGACAAAAUAAGUGGGCAUGUAUUUGUUUGCCCUUUUGUGUCCCAUUUUGUAUGACAGUUUGGAUUUUGUGGCAAUAUUGUCACUUCCAUUUAUGUGUCCGAGUGCAGUACAAAUUAAUGAUUAGUUAUUGGAAAAUUCGCUGUUAAAUUCAUAGAUGAUCAUCUCAGUCUAACGUUUUUUUUUUCUCAUAGAGCAUGUUGGUAAACUCUGGUACAUCUCUGACAUGGGAAGAAAUGAUUGCUAAAUAUGAUGGUAUGUGAUCAAAGUCCCAGUGUUUCUGUAAUUUACAUUUCGACAAAGCAGCAUCAGCAACUGAUUACUCUGUCAGGGUAAUAGCUGUUGUAACUGCAAUAUCUAUCCUAACCUGUGAACAGUAUUCAGGGCAAUGUGGUGUGAAGAAAAGGGAAGAAAUUUCUCCUCUCCCUGUUCUUUUGCAUCUUCUACACUUCUUUUCACCCUUUUCUUUCCUGGAGAGCCAGUUCAGAGGUUAUAUCAGUCUCAUUCUUCAUUGAUAUACAAACAUCCCUUGAAUCCUCACAAUCUAACUAAUUAAAGCAAAAAAGAUAACAAUAAUAAUAAUAGUAAAUAAGUAGAUACUACUAAAUAAAGUAACAGUUGCUUUGUUCAUCUCAACUGCAGCUCGGUUUAGCAGCCACAUGUAGCGCAAGUACAUGAAUUCCUUCAAUCUGAUCACCCGUACCCUGUCAGGACUGUUAGUAAAAGUGACUGUUGCUUCAACAACCUGUUUGGAAACCUAACCAGAUUCAAAGUGAAAAGUGUAUCUUUUUAGUGUAUUAUUCCUGUUGCUAAAGUUAUUGUGUUUAUUAUAUUAAAACCAUUGACAUAUUCCAGCUGAUCACUCUGAUGAUAAGGAAUGCAGUUGGGGUGAUUUAGUGGAGCAAGCAGAGAGACCACCUGGCAGAGCUGUUCAUCUACACCAGAGGCUCUCUUCACCUUCAAGAAAAAGGUGAAGUAAUUCCAUUUCUGAGCAAUUUAUAUGACUUUUGUCUAGAUUGAAUUUUUUUUUAACUAGGUUGACUGCAUAAAUGGUUAACAGUGUGAUGAUUAAUUAUGAUAUUUAUUUAUAUUAAGUUUCUAUUUUUAUUAUUAUUUUUUUUGGCAUCAUGAAAUUACUUGUCGGUAACUCCACCAUUUAUUCUGGGUGCUUUGUAAUAGACCUUCUUUACCGACACGGCGGCCAUAUUAAAUUAAUUGGAUUUAAUGAGUAUUAUGGGAUGCCCAGGGGGCAUGAGCACGAUCUCAUAUACUCGCAUCAGUAUUUACGCGCGCUUUUCGGGCCAAUUUGUCUUUAAGUUUUCGUAGGAAAAGAUUGUAAUGAGAAAAGAAGAUCGUUGUGCCGUGCUUGGACGUAAUAACGAUCGCCUUUUUACAGAGAAGUAUACAUUGAAGUUCUCUUUUUGCCCGAAAAGCGCGCGUAAAUAAUGAGCGAGUGCCCCCUGGGCAUCCCAUAAUACUCCUUAAAUCUAAUAAAUUCAAUAUGGCUGCCGUAUCGGUAAAAAGGUCUAUUCCAUUUCUGAGCAAUUUUUAUGACUUUUUUCUAGAUUGAUUUUUUUUAACUAGGUUGACUGCGUAAAUGGUUAACAGUGUGAUGAUUAAUUAUGACAUAUUAUGUUUCUAUUUAUUUUUGGUAUCAUGAAGUUACUUGUCAGUUACUCCACCGUUCAUUCUGGUGCAUUAUGAUAUUUAUUUAUAUUAAGUUUCUAUUUUUCUUGGCAUCAUGAAGUUACUUGUCGGUAACUCCACUGUUCAUUCUGGUGCUUUGUACAUAUCGACAGUACAGUAUGUACAUAUAUAUGCCUGCCUUAAAUCAAUUUUGACCCUGCUCGCCUUAGUGCUUCCAGUAGCUCAGUGGUUAGAGCAUCCAAACUAUAACUAGGGGGGUCGUGAGUUUGAUUCUCACCUUGAGCUCGGAAUUUUUUCUGAGCUUUCUGGUGUUAGAAUUCUCCGUCAUCCAAAUUACAUUGUAUUUGUAAGUAAAUUAUGUCAUUAGAACUCUUUGUUCUGGUUGUCCUUAUUAGUGGUAGAAAUUGUUAGUAGUUAAUUUUUUUUAUUAUAUGUUUUGCAAAAAUGAUUUUGGGAUUUUUUGCUGGACAUGUUAAUCUAGGCACCCUUAGGAAGCCUAAUUUACAUGUAAAGGUAAUGAAAGCAUUUGUACGCAUUAAAAAAAAUAAUAUUUUACUUGUUACUAAAAAAAAUGAAUUGUAUUUUUUACAGACCGUUAGAGGAAGUUAUUCGCAUUCACGAAGAAAAACAGGUACAGUUUAGGUAGAGUUUACAUUUGAAGCAAAAAAACCUUGUAAACAUUAAAAAAACUGAUCUUGUUGCGCAACCCACCCGUUCGUCUAGUUGAAUCUAAUGCCACGAUGCUCGGGCUUUUCGCGGAACCUUUUCCACCAAAAUGAAACCUUGUACAUGCCUUCUUCAAACGGCGUUUUUUGGAAAAAAUCCCAGGAACCUUAAGUUAAUAAUAAAUAAAAUAAAAUUUUUGACUGUAGACUCUUUGUUUGUUUGUUUUUUCUUUUCUAAUAGAAAAAGGCGCAACAGCAAAGGGAGCGUAUGCUAGAUGAAAGGCUUCAGAGUCUUCAGAUGCUUUCUGAAAAGGUUUGUAGCGCUUUAUAUUAAAGAAUAUAUUUUAGAAAUUGUAGUUUAUUUCUCUACUACAGUUUUUUUUUAAUAUUUUAGAAUAUUUUUAGAACUUGAUAGUUUAAGUGUGUGAAUUUACGACUGCCAGUGAGUUCUUGAGUGCAAUUUUAACUUGCUCGUGUUAUAUUAGCCUUUCUUUCGCUUGCUCGAUUUUGGCGUAUUCGAGAAAGACUCUGCAUGACCCGAGUAAGAUCUUUGUUGAGCAUGCGCGGCAUGUUGCUGGGAUACAGUUUCAAACCCAGGCCUUAUAGCCGUGCGCUUGGUAUAGCGGGCUCAGUUAAAACCAUCGAUUUUAUCAAUAAAUGGAGGCUCGCACUCGAAAAAAAAGUUUGACGAGAGAGAACAAGAUUUACGAGUCCAGACGUUCGGGCUUCGGACAAAAAAAGGCUCUGCUCGUUGGGUGCAAAAAAGCAUGCACCGCUGAACAAACAAUAAAUAUUUAUACGAACAUAUAAAAGCGAGUAAUUUUGCUACAGUUGUGUUAUAAACGCGCAGCCAUCUCAAUUUUCUAUAGUUUACUGAACUUGUUUUGUCUGUUGUUUCUUACACUGAAACUUUUAAGGUCCAGAAAGCUCGUGAGCUGAAAGAUGAAUUGAUACACCAGCGUCAGCAGCAUCUUGACGAGAAGCAGAGAAGAGCGGAGCAACAGAGGAUGUCCGUACUUCAAGAGAAAGUUCGGAAAGCACAAGAAGAAGAUGCCAAGGUCCUAAAGACACGUCCUAUAUAAGAACUUGUUAUUUUUCGUUGUAUAAAUGGCCCCAUUGUGCCCAAACUUUUACACUUUUUAUUUAAGAAUUACUGCUCUCCUGGCUUUUAAUUUGCGAGAAUCUUUUGGCAGCACCGGAAGCUAUCAUCAUGCCUUAGCUUUUUGUACUUCGGAAGAAGGAGUGUAAGGAAUCCACCCGGCUCCACUUCAAGCCUGGAUGGGGUCUCAUUUCCCGCUCUGUCCUCCAUGUCAAAAAAGACGGUGUCUCCUUUAAAUAGCCCCUCUCUAUCACUAGAAGAAAAAAGUGUACAGUUUAAAUGUUUCUGUGUUACUUGUCCAACAAAACACAGUUCCACACUCACGCAAAACCGGUAACUUUAAUUAGUUAAUUUGUCAAAUUUUCACUUACAACAUUGGAAUCCAUUAGACUCGUCGUAGGGUUUGUGUCUUGUGUACCCCCCCCCCAUUCCCAUCCAUAGUAAAGUGAGUACUCACGCACACGUUGUGAUGAUCACUUCUUUAUUUUCUAAGUAUUUGUUUUUUUUUAAGGUUAAUGAAAUUGCCUUCAUUAACACACUAGAAGCACAGAAUAAAAAGAUUGAAGUCCUUACAAGACACCAGGUAUGACACAAAAAUGCGUAUAAAUUUAUACACUGUUUCCUGUUGUAUUUUUUCGCGUUUAUCAUUGUUGCUUUCCGUUAUUUUCAUUGUCAAGCUACUCUAACUAGCAAAUGUUAUUAUUUGCCAUGAUUUAUUACACUAAAAAAUAUUUUGAUUUCGGCAGGGCCAUGAAGCAAGGUUACAAGACAUUCAGGUAUUUUAAAACAAGCUCGAAAUUUUGGUUAUUUGGUAAUACAAAUAUGGCAAGUUUUUGUCUGCGAAUUAACAAGAAAUCGGUUUCCAUUUGUUCGUAAUCUUGAAAGGUCAAAACAUACUUUUCAGACGUAGGCGCUUCUUGUAUUCAACUAAAAUGUAAUUUCAAUUUCUUCUUAUACAAGGAAAUAAACUUAAAAUCAAUUUUCUACCAAUGAAGCCAUCACAAAGCAAAGGUCACUGCUAGUGAGAAAUCCUUAGCUUUUCAAUCUUCGCGCAAAACAUUAUUAUAGUAAAACGAACGAGAACACAGACAUCAUUCGCUUCUAUUUCUCUUGUCACAGGAAGAAAGACAAAGGAAGAAAGAAGAACAACAAGCUAAAGAAGCGGCCGCACAGGUAGGAGUGGUUGUAUAGGAUCUCUUUCGAGGUUUGAGUAUCUUUUGAUCGGGUAUGCUUGGAAAUGUCAUAGGGUGAGUUCGAUGAUAUCUCCAAAAAGAAAACAUAUAUUCGAGGAUAUCUCAGACUUAAAGUGAACGGAAAAAAACUGGUUGGGCAAAGGUGAUUCCGUUUUGAUAUCAAGAAAUGCAAAGUCGUACACCUUACCAUUUGGUCUUUUUUUUUUUCGUUACUGUAACUAUUUAUUUAGAUAGACUCAGACCUAUAAAGUUGAUAAAACAAAAACAAAACAAAAUUACACCGAUGCCUUGAAGUGUGUCAUGCAAACAUCACCAUCCUUGCAUGAAAUAGUUUAAUGUUCGGAAAGCCAGGCGUCAGUGUUGUAAACGUCAACAAACAGUCCAGAACUCUUUAUCCCCCAGAUUAGUAGUUGCGUUCUCUUGACGUCGAACGCAAUAACAAGUCCAACUGGAAAAAUUGUUUUUGCAGGAAAGGCGUCGCCAGCUGGAGGCCGAAAGACUGGCAAGACUUGAAGAAGUGCAGCUUAAAAAACAGGAACAGGUUGUGUUAAUGCUGUCUGUGUUACUAUUUCAGGUUGUGGUCUGUGGCUGCUGGCUGUCCCCACCGCUGAGACACAAACACAAAAACUAAUCUGUUCGCCCUUCUCUGUGACCAGCAGAAGUGAAAAGCAUUUUAAUGCCUUCAGCUAAAAAACGCAGAGUUAAAUGAGUUUCUUUCUUCAUUUGCCUGUGACAGCCUGGCCUAGAAAUUUAGUUCCUGGAAAUUUGUAUUUUUUAAAUAUCUUGAAUCCAGACUUGUAGCGACGAUAUAUACAUGUAAAUCACAAGUGCAGACUAGAGGUAUAACUUUCACCCAUUGCUACCUCCCAAUUGUAAUAUAUUGGUAAAAGGAGACCGCUGUAGUCAGAAACGUACCUUUGGUGUUUGGCUACAGCUAACAUAGCUUCCUCAUGUUUUAUUUAGGAAGCGAAAUACUUGAGGGAGAAAUAUGAGCGAGAGAAAGCGAGAGAGGAAGCCGCUAAAGAGAAAGCCAGGUACGGAUAACGAGUACAUUUUGGAUAAGUAUGGUUUGGGUUAGAGGGGACGUGUACUUAACUGCUCCAGGUAGUUGAUAGCUUCUGUAGGUAAAAGGUAGAAACAAUAAAUAUAUAUAGAACUUAUAGUUAACGUACAGCUGACAGGAGGCAACCAUAGUCGGCUGUUUACAUACUGGCUGAGGAGUUAAGCUCGGGGCGCAAGUCUGACGCGCUGAAUUCUGGGCCACGCCGCCUCCAAACAAGAAACCGUUCAUUUAUGUAUUGAGUAUUUUUCUCUGACUGGAAAAGAACAUUGUCGUUUUUUGUUCGUUUUAACUGUCUUCAUCCAAAACGUGUCGAAAUCUAAAAUUGCUAAUUAAGAAAAAGAAAAAAAAGAAGAUGACAGCAAAAGAAAAAUUUUGAGAAAACCUUUGUGGUUUGUUAUAACAGAGAGAGGGAGAUGCGUAUAGCUGCUCGUAACGAGGCCCUUCAAACAGCAACUGAACAACUUCAACUGAAAAUUCAACAAAAGGUAAUGAAUAAUUUUAUAGUUCGCUUUGGAGUUAGCUGUUUUUCCAUGAACCAUUUCUGUCAACCUCAAGUGUAAUUUGGUACUUUGAUCUCCACUUUUUUUCAGCAAGCAGAAACCACAAGACGGCAUGAGCAAGUGCUGGAACAAGUCAAAGAAAAGGUGCAAAUUUCAUUGUUACGUUUUCAAAUAAAUCAGGAAACUGCUCUAAUUGCUCUACCUUGGUGUCUUACGCAAUGUCUAAGUGUAUUGUUUUAAAUGAUAUACGGUCUAAGAGAGUUUUGAUUAAUAAUUUAUGAAUAAAUUUUGAGCUUGUUUUUAAUUUUAGGCUGCUGGUGUGUCACGCCAUUCUACCCAGGACGAAGUACCUGCUGUCACGCCAUACGAUAGGAAAAAGAUAUGUACCCUGUGUAACGUUGAGGUACGUUCCGCUGCCUUAUGUAUACGAUUAAGUGGCUUUGUAGGGGGUUGAUCCCUGUUUUACGGAUUUGAAGGCUUUUAAUGGACACAUCUUUAGAUUUUCAUCAGUUGUGAGUCUUCUUUUGAAUUUUA